AUGGAUAAGAAAAGAAAGCACGGGGACCAGGAGGUCCCACUGUCUUCCAAAAAGAGUCGAUCCGAAGCUGGUUCUGCCCCAUCUGGUGGUCGACGUAAGCGGAAGGAGAAAACUGCUACCUCUUAUCAAUACUCACAAGUGAUUCAACUAGAGCAUGCGGUGACCAAAUUGCUGGAAUCAUAUAAAUGUAUUAUGAAAUUAUCACCUAAUCUAAAAGUUUACAAUGAGGUCUUGGAGAAUCAGGAUAAGAUCCCAGUGCAAAUCCUGCCAGCGUUGUCUCGCUACAAGUUAAAACUUGCAGCUGAGAUGAAAUCAUUGCAGGAAGUAAACAAAAUGAAUUUAUUUCAGGAGUUUGUCGAUUUUGAAACACAUUUUGAAGAGGAUGAUACCAAGAAAGAUCCGAUCGUUAGCGAGUUAACCAGUAAAGAUGUUAAGAAACUUGUUGCUAAGAAUGUUGACUAUAACGACUCUGAAGAUGGUAAUAAUAGUAGUUGUGAAGAAGAUGAUGAUGAUGAGGAUAGUUACGAUCCCUUAUCAAACUCGAAAUCUUCUAGCAAUAGUAAGUGGCCUCCAAAACUACCACAAAUCAAAGAUCCUGCGAUUCGAGCCAGGGUAUUCAUACAUAAAUCUACAAUCAAGGAUAAGUUAUAUCUGACAGAGCCCGAAAUGAUCAAUGCGCAUAAUGAAAGGCUAGAAUUCCUCGGUGAUUCGGUACUAAAUACAGUGAUGACCAUGAUUAUCUACAAUAAAUUCCCACGGUUCACAGAAGGACAGUUAUCUAAACUGAGAAUGGGAUUGGUGAGUAACGAGCGUAUCAAGACGUGGUCCUUCUUGUAUGAUUUCGAUAAGCAUUUGAAGACGAACUUCGAUGUCACUAAAGAUAAUGCAUGCUUCCAGCAGGGAAAACGUAAGUUAUACGCCGAUGUCUUCGAAGCUUAUAUAGGAGGACUAAUUGAAGAUGAUCCUAAACACAAUAUGCCAAAAGUGAGGAAAUGGUUGAGUAAACUUGCAAAGCCGAUUAUCGAAGAAGCCACACAAUCGGAUGUGGACUUGGAGUCUACAAUUAAUGUUGAUCUGAAUGCCAAGCGGCAGUUAUACUCAUUGAUCGGAUAUGCAGCAUUAAACUUGCAUUAUGUCACCGUUAAAAGACCUACUGCAGAUGAACCUAAUACUGUGGUAGAGUGUCGUGUUGGAGACGGAACUACCUUGGGAGCGGGAGCUGGAAGAAACGUAAAGAUUGCAGGAUUGAGAGCAGCUCAAAAUGUGCUUCAAAAUAAGCCGGUCCUUGAAAAAUACGCCAGCCUUCGUGCUGCUAUACCUAGAACCGAAUCCGUUGUGAAGAAAGAAGAGAUGUUCAAGAAUAAGAAGAAUAACUCAAACGACAGCAAGCCAUCUUCUGGCGGCGCUAUUAAGUUGAACUCUAAGGGUGAGUUUUUUGUAGAAUAG